AUGGGCCGCCUGUUCCACAUUCCCGGGAUUUUCUUCCUCUUCGUCGCAUUCGUCCUCCUGUUCCUCGUGUCCAUCUCGCUCCCCUACUUGACGACACUCGACUUUGCGCGCGUGCACUUUGAGGGUAAGGUGACGGCGGGUGGCGUCUCAAACGCGGUCACGGAGCUAAGGUUUGGUACUUGGGCGGAAUGCUGGUACGAGUCUUCUGGAGACCGCGUCUGCAGUAGCGCAGGCAACGCGUACAAUGUCACCAUUUACAGCGGCAGCGGCGAUGGCUCUAGCUCUGUCUCUAUCGGUUCUUCCUGGACACGCGGACUAGCGCUCCAUCCCGUUGCGGCUGGCGUGACGCUAAUCGCGUUCCUGCUGAGUCUCUCGAGCCAUAUCACCCUCCGCCUUUUCGCAUCCCUCGCGUCCUUCCUUGGAGGCACCGUCGCCUUCAUCGCAUUCCUCGUCGAUGUCGCGCUCUACGCGUACGUGAAGAGCGAAGUCGGCAAGCUAGACAAUGUCGACGCGCAUACAGAUACCGCGCCCGGAUUCUGGAUGACGUUCGUGUCGUUCAUCCUCCUCUUCCUCGCAGGCGGAACGGUCUGCUUCGGGCGUCGACGGGACCGCAUGGCGGGGGCGACCAACUACCCCAUGGCGUCCAGCAAGUUCUCGCGAUCGUGGAGGGACCGCUUCACCCGCUCGUAG